GGUUACUGUCGGUAUUUGGAGCGAUGCGCCCACCCAAUCACCCAAUCCCCGCCUGCGUCGUCAUUAGCGGAAGCAGGAAAAACAUUCCGAGGGCCGAAGUCUCGUGACUAGAUGAAGUGUGUCGAGAUGACUCAAGUAAGCCAUCAUCCGUGGGGAGAGCUGCCCGGGCAGGGCGUCGUGGACCUGUGGGUUGUCCAGUCCUCCCAGGUGAAGGUGGAGGUCCUCACCCUGGGUGCUAUUAUCAGGUCGGUGAGCUACAGAGGGAAGGAUGGACAGAUGGAUGAUGUAGUCCUGGGCUAUGAUGACCUGGAAGGUUAUGUGUCAGAUAAGCGGUAUCUGGGCGCUGUGGUCGGCCGUGUGGCAAACAGGAUCGCACGGGGACGUUUUGUACUUGAGGGAAAGGAGUACCAACUUGAUAUUAACAAUGGACCGAAUGCACUGCACGGAGGCCUGCGAGGUUUCAAUAAGGCUAUCUGGCUUGCUACAGCAGUGGAGGGUGGUGUGCAGCUGAGUCUUACCAGUCCAGAUGGAGACCAGGGUUAUCCUGGAGAAGUUAAGGUCUCUGUGUCCUACAAAUUACAGGGGGAAACACUGACUGUUGAGUACCAAGCAUGGUCUAACAAAACUACCCCCAUCAACCUCACCAACCAUUCCUACUUCAACCUGGCUGGACAGGGUGUAGCAGAUAUCUACGACCAUCAGGUGUCCAUCGGUGCACAGUCCUACCUGCCUGUGGAUGACACAUCGAUUCCCACAGGAGAGAUCAGAGAGGUGGACAACACGCCCUUUGACCUCAGAAUGCCAGUUCUAAUUGGCCCUCGGCUGAAGGAACUUCCCGGCCCAGGGUUUGACCACAACUUCUGUCUGUCAUCACCCAGAGAUGCCUGGACAGAGAGACAUGCUGCCAGAGUCUGUCACCCAGCAAGUGGGCGUGUCUUGGAGGUUUCUACCACCCAGCCAGGAGUCCAGUUCUACACUGCCAACUUCCUGGAUGGUUCUAUUGCAGGAAAGGGUGGGUGUAGGUACAGGAAGCACAGCUCCUUCUGUCUAGAGACACAGAACUGGCCUGAUGCUGUCAACCAGGCUUCAUUUCCUGACUGUCUUCUGCGUCCUGGUGAGAACUACCAUCACGUGACUCGCUUCACCUUCACCACAGUCUGAUCUGGCAGACACAAAAAGAAGAAAGCUGCAGAAAAUUUCCUGAAUUUCCUAAAAAUCUGUUCUUUCAUUCUGGAUAUAAUUUUUACAUUUUACAAUAUUUUUUCCAAGUUUUAGUUUGCAGGUUUUUCCUGCUGUGAUGCUCACACUUCAUGUGAUUCAUGAUCAUGUGCCAUACUUCUUUUAUUAAAUAAAUAAUUGGUCAGA